AUGCUGCCCUCUCAACUAAAUGGUUCGCCCAAGCGUGCCAGUUUAUUCCAACGCCCAAAUUCAUCACAAGGGAACCUAUCACCACACAGCAGACCGAAAUCAGCCAUCAUCACACCUUCAAAUGGACUGGAGUCCGCAAGAGGCCACCUGCGCAAUACGUCCGUUUCUCAGCUGUCGCCGACGUUUUCCCCCGGCGGAAACCGUGAGCGAUCGAAUUCAGCAAAGAAUAGCCCCUCUUCAGGCACAUUCGCCCCGAGCUUCAUCAAGUCAGAAGAGCUUAGACGCGGGGCCGAUCAGAUUCGUGGAAUAGAAGGCGAGAAUGACUUCUCCGGCAACAAAUACGUGUGGCUCCGAGACCCUGAACAUGCAUUUAUUCGUGGGCUCGUACUGGAGGAACUGGAAGGCGACCGUUUGUUAGUACAAAGUGACAACGGUGAUCAACGAGAGAUCGACGCCGACCAAGUGGAUAAGGUCAAUCCUGCGAAAUUCGACAAGGCAGAUGAUAUGGCAGAACUGACGCAUCUGAACGAGGCAUCGGUGGUGCACAACUUGCACACUAGAUACCAGUCCGAUUUGAUCUAUACAUACUCUGGACUCUUCUUGGUCACAAUCAACCCGUAUUGUCCACUGCCCAUCUACACAAACGAGUACAUCAAGAUGUACAAGGGCCGGGGCAGAGAGGAGACCAGACCUCACAUCUAUGCCAUGGCGGACGAGGCUUUCCGAAAUCUUGUCGAAGAAGGCCAGAACCAGAGCAUUCUCGUCACUGGAGAGUCAGGUGCUGGCAAAACGGAGAAUACGAAGAAGGUCAUUCAAUAUCUCGCAGCGGUCGCCACCUCAGAUACGCCUUAUGCAAGAUCCGGGGCAAAACAAAUCACAGGCCUCUCACAGCAGAUUCUCAGAGCCAACCCUAUCCUCGAAGCCUUUGGAAACGCCCAGACAGUCCGAAACCACAACUCGUCUCGGUUUGGAAAGUUCAUUCGCAUCGAGUUCUCCAGAUCAGGUCAGAUUUCUGGCGCCUGGAUUGACUGGUAUCUGCUUGAAAAGUCCAGGGUCGUGAAGCCCAAUUCCAAUGAGAGAAAUUACCACGUUUUCUACCAGCUUCUGCAAGGUGCGGAUCAAAGCCUACGGGAGAAACUUCUGCUUUCAGACCUCCGGAUUGAGGAUUUUGCUUAUACACGCGACGGGAAUGAUACAAUCGUUGGUGUAUCUGACCAAGAAGAGUGGAACUCACUAAUCGAAGCUUUCCAUGUCAUGAACUUUAAUGAAGAAGAUCAGCUCUGCAUCCUCGGAACUAUCGCUGCUGUCCUACACCUUGGCAACGUCGGCGUGGCUAAAGCAAGUGUGAGGGCCGACCAAGCAGCGCUAGCGCCGGAGGGUUACGCCAGUAUGGAGAAGGCUUGCCAGCUUCUCGGAAUCGACGCAGAGGCCUUCGUGAAAGGACUUCUUCAUCCUCGGGUGAAGGCAGGCCGCGAGUGGGUCGAGAAGGUGCAGACUCCCGAGCAGGUCCGAAUGGCCUUAGAUGCGCUUUCAAAGGGUAUCUAUGAACGUGGAUUUGGAAACCUUGUCGCGAGAAUUAAUGCUCAGCUCGGCCGAUCCAUGGCCGCUGACGAUAAUUAUUUCAUCGGAGUCCUCGAUAUUGCUGGUUUCGAGAUUUUCGACAACAACAGUUUCGAACAACUUUGCAUCAACUACACCAACGAAAAGCUUCAGCAGUUCUUCAACCACCACAUGUUUGUUCUCGAGCAAGAAGAGUAUGCCAGGGAACAGAUUGAGUGGCAAUUCAUCGAUUUCGGCAAGGAUUUACAGCCAACCAUUGAUCUCAUUGAACUCACCAACCCAAUUGGUAUCUUCUCUUGCCUCGAUGAGGACUGUGUGAUGCCCAAGGCCACCGAUAAAUCAUUUACCGAGAAGCUCCAUGGUCUCUGGGAUCGCAAGACGGCCAAGUACCGCGCAUCUCGCCUGAGCCAGGGCUUUAUCCUCACUCACUACGCCGCAGAAGUUGAGUAUACAACAAAUGACUGGCUGGAGAAGAACAAAGAUCCGCUCAACGAUAAUAUCACACGACUUCUCGCCGACUCCAGUGCGCCACAUGUCGCCCACCUGUUCUCCGAUUGCGCGAGCACAGAAGAGGACGCCGUUGGCCAUCAUCCCAGGAGUCGCGUCAAGAAGGGCCUGUUCCGCACAGUGGCUCAAAGACACAAGGAACAGCUGUCUAGCUUGAUGGCGCAGCUCCACUCUACACAUCCUCAUUUCGUCCGCUGUAUUUUACCUAACCAUAAGAAGAGACCGAAGAUGCUGCAUGCACCACUUGUUCUUGACCAGUUGCGAUGCAACGGUGUCUUGGAGGGUAUUCGAAUCGCCCGAACAGGUUUCCCCAACCGAUUGCCAUUCGCGGAAUUCAGACAACGAUACGAAGUGCUGUGUCAACACAUGCCGAAGGGCUAUUUGGAGGGCCAGAGCGUGGCUCGUAUCAUGCUCGAAAAGCUUGGUAUGGACCGGGCGUGGUACCGCGUUGGUCGCACUAAGGUUUUCUUCAGAGCUGGUGUUCUCGCUGAUCUCGAGGAGAAACGUGACCAACUUAUUCGAACCAUCAUGUCUAAGUUUCAGUCGGUGGCACGAGGGUUCGUACAGCGGCGCAUCUCAAACAAACGUCUGUAUCGUGCCGAGGCGACCCGGAUCAUUCAGCAGAAUUUCCACUCCUAUCUCGAACUGAACCGCAGUCCCUGGUGGCGCAUGUUCUCUAGAAUGAAACCUCUGCUCGGUGAUACCAGGAAUGCGAAAGAAGUAAAGAAGCGGGACGACAAAAUCCAACAGCUUGAAGCAAAGAUGAAACAAGAUCUUUCCGACCGACAGAAGUUGGACGAAGAGCGCCGUCGCACAGAACUUGAGAUCCAAAAAAUCCAACAUACAUUGGAGAGCGAACGUGCUCUUGCCUUGGAUAAAGAGGAAAUCUUCAUGCGCUUGCAAGACCGCGAAAGCGAGCUUGCCGAGAAGCUUGCCGGCGCGAUCGCUGAUCAAGAAGGCCUCGAAGAACAACUAGACGACCUUAUCGACGCCAAGAAGAAGGUUGAUGACCAGUUGCAGCUCCGGAUCACCCAGCUCGAACAAGCAGGACUCAUCAUCCAGAAGCUAGAAGCGGACAACAACGCCUUACAAGACCAGUUGAAAGAGCUUGAUGCUAAACUCUCUGAGACCGCAACCCAGCUUGCGGGGAAGAACGAGGAGGUUGAAGAGGUCGGCCAAGAAAUGAGGAUACUUGAGAGUCAUCUCAGCCUGAAAGAUCGCAAGCUUCAAGACCUGGAGGCGAAAUUGUUGAAGACCGACCAGGACCUCGAGGUUAAGCUAGCAGCCACCUCCAAAGAGCUCGACAAAUCCAAGCAACAAGUUCGUGACAUGUCCGAGGAGAAUAGAGCGAUUCGUGACCAAAUAUCCGAAUUGUCCGCCACUUCAACUGGUUACGAGGAUCUCCUUCGUCGAAAGGAAAGUGAGAUGGCCGUCCUCCGUAACGACGUCACUAAGCAUGAAGAGGAAAGACGAAACAUCGAACAGGAAAUGAGUGCUCUUUCGACCCGCCACGAUAACAUGCAAUCCAGAUUACGUGAGGUUCAAGCCGAGAGAGAUGCCAUGCGCUCUGAACAGACACAGCUCCAGCGCGAAGCGACAGAUCUCAAAAGUUUGCUUGAGAACAAGAGGUCAGAGGAUGCCGAGGCUGGGGAGAGCCGGAAAUUGCUUGAAGAACAAGUGCACGAGCUGAAGGGUCAGAUCUUCCAAGCGCAAGCCGAUCUGAGUCGGGAACGCCAAUCACGCGAUGACGUCCAGAUGCUCUCAGAGCACAAUCUCGCACAGUUGACCCAGAAGUACGAUACAUUGAAUGAGUCCAAGAUCACCAUCGAAAAGGAAAUGUACAUUCAACAGGACAGCCUGCGCAGAGCUACUGAGGCACGAAUCGCGGCCGAAACCUCACGAAAAGAGCUUCAAGGCGAGCUUAUCAAGCUCCGUGAGCGAUUCACGGACGCCGAAACUGCGCGCAUGAAUACGGAAGCCGAGCUUGAACGCAAGAUUAUGCAACAGGCAGAUGAGCGCAUAUCGAGUUCACGCAAAGAUCUUGACGAAAAAGCACGUCAGCUUGAAGAAGUUGAAACUGAGCGAUCUGGGCUCUCUGUCAGAAUUCAAGAACUUUUGCACUCGAUAUCAGAAUCCGAGAACUUCCGCCUUCGCCAUGAUCAGCACAAGGAGCGUCUCGAGCGAGAACUUGUCACCCUCCGGGGUAGAUUGAACGCAUCCGAAAAUGACAACAAGUCCCUCCUUACCAAGAUCCAACAAAAGAAUCUUGACAUUGCCCGGUCCAACUCCAAAGCCAGUGACAGCAACAGACUCCGGUUGACUACUCUUCAGAAGGAGAAGGCUAGACUGGACGAGGAAACCAAGAAGCUAAGCCGCCAAUUGGAAGAUUCACAGGUCAUGAUCACGUCUUUGGAGAAACAGAAGGAAAAGCUGUCCUUGAGCUUGGAGGAUUUGAACCACGAGGUGAACCGUGAACACAAAACCAGUCGCAACGCCGAAAAGGCUGCUUCUACUGCCAACCUUCAACUCGCUGAAGCCAAUCGAAAGCUUGAGACUGAAAGGCAGCUUCGCACACAAGCUCAGGCCAAUACUAGACAAACACAAGGUGCACUCGAUGGGGCGAACGAGGAGAUUGAGGACCUGCAUCGUCAAUUGAUUCUUUUGCAUAAGGUCUUCGAGCCUGAAGCCUCGGACACGACACAAUCUUGGGAAGCCGUUCAACCCCACCUCUCGAAACAGGUUGAUUUGGCCCAGGUGCUUGAAACUGUCCAGAACAAGCUCGGGGUGACCGAAGAGAAAUAUGCACGAGCUGAAAGCCAGCUUGCUGAAAUGCGUCGGCGUCAUGCCGAUGAGAUGAAGGAGCUUGACACCAAGUACUCAUCCUCCAAGCGAGCCUUGCUUGAAGAGAUUGACCAGAACGAGGUGGCGAACCCCCGCACUCCUGCUCAUCUCAGAAAGAACUCAGAAAAUGCCGCUAAGAGAUACUCCAACCCCACCACCCCCAAUAGGCGCUACAACGUCUUCGAAGGGGCCAAUGAUUCCGCACGCUCGGACCGAACUGUGGACACGCAAGGAUACUCCAGACGCAUGGACACGGCAGCAGAGCUGGAAGAGUUGCAAAACAAAUUGCAGAUGACCGAGAUGCAAAACAAACACCUCCAAAGCCAAAUUGCUCAGUCCACCCCAGCUGGGGACAUCUGGCAAGAUGACAGUCCCUCAAUUCGUCGGAUGCAACUCCUUGAGCGCGAGAAUGGCCGUCUUCAUGACCAGCUAGAUGAUUCUUCCAAGAAGGUGUCUUCCCUUGAGCGCAGUAUCCGUUCUGGGGAGCUGUCUCUCCGUGAUGUUCAAGCCAAGUCGCACGAAGAAUUGUACGAUCUGAUCAAUUCACAGGAACAGUCUAGACGUUCACUGCUCAAGCUUCACAAGGAGACCAUGGCUGAGUUUGGAGAUGCCAAGAACCACUUCGAAAAACUCAAGCGGGCUAGAGCGACGCUCGAGGUCGAGCUUCGUGAUGCUCGAUCUGAAGCCCAAGAGCUGCAGCUUGGCAGAGAUCAAGAUACUGUCAGUCGCAACCAGCUGCUCCAGGAGUUCUCCGAUCUGCAGAUUCGCUUGGACGCGGAGUCAUCACGAUCUGCGGACCUGGAGUCAAGCCUCAUGCUAUACAAGAGCCGCUCUGAUGAGUAUUUCAACAAGCUUGAACAGGCUGAGAUUGCUGUCAUGAAGGCCGCUCGUGCGGAACAAUUCGCCAAAUCUCAGGGCCAAGAAGCCGAAGAGACCUGUGCUCAGAUCAUGUCUGAGCGAAAGGAGAUGGAUGCUCUUGUGGAGGAUCUUCAGCGACAGUCGCAAUCUCUGGAGGCUCGCAUGGAGGACCAAGCAGCUGAGCUCCAGGGCGCCUUACAGGCCAAGCAACGUCUCCAGAAUGAGCUCGAGGACUACCGCAACCAACGUGCAAUUGACCUCGAAGAUAAGGAGACCUCCAUGGAACAGACCAGACAAAAGUACCAGCGUGAAUUCUCAACUCUCACGAACGAGCUUGAACUUGAGCGUGAGCGGGUACUCAAUGGUCGCGGAGAGACUGCCCGCUUGCGAGAGGAGCUCGAGGAUCUUCGCAGCAAAUGGGAUGACGAGGUUCUCAACAGCUCAACAUGGGCCAAGGAGAAAUCUCGCAUGGAGGUUGUACUGCAAGAUGUCAACAACUCCCGCGAUGAGGCUGUCAAUGCACACAAUGAGGCCCAGGGCAAGGUUGUCUCUCUCCUGUCACAGGUUCGCACCCUCCGCACCUCCAUUGAGGAUGUCCAAGCCGAGCGCGAUCUGCUCCUCAAGGACAAGAAGAUGUUGGAGGGCCGGUUAGCCGAAGCUGGUGAGCGACUUGAAGACCUCGCCAGGGGCGAGAGUCCAUCCAUGCGCAAUGCCGCCAGUAUGGACCGUGAGCUUCUUGAACUCAAGUCCCGAAUCGCACAGCAGGAAGAUGUCUCCGCUGCUGCCGUUGGGAAGAUGCGCCGCGCCGAUGCCCUUGCUACCGAGAUGCAGAAGGAGAUCACUGCCGAGCGGGAAGCCAAUGCUCAACUUUUCAAAGACAAGGCUGCCGUCGAGAAGCAGCUCAAGGAAGCCCAACUCCGGUGUGUUGACCUGGAGACUAAGAGCUACUCUUCUGGUAGCCAGGAUGUCCGUUUCUUGCACAAGCGGAUCAAGGAGCUCGAAACCCAUUUGGAAGACCAAGAGAACAAACAUAGCUCUGAACAACGCUCUCUCCGCAAUGUCGAUCGCACCGUGAAGGACCUCCAGUCCCAAAUCGAUCGCCGUGAUAAGAUGAACGCCCAGCUUACCGACGAUGUCAACCGCGCUCGCGACAAGAUCGAACGUCUGCUUCGUAACAUCGAAGAGAUCCAGCACAAUGAUUCCGACGCCCAACUCUUGGCGCGCCGCGCUGAGCGAGAACUCCGUGAAGAGCGUGAGAAGGCGUUACGGCUUGAGCGCGAGAUUGAAGGCUGGAGGGGCCUACGUGGUGAGCGCGGAAGUACCAUCGGGCGUCCGAACCACAAUUUCAGUGAGGCCGGAAGCCGUCGUGGGAGUGAUGUCUACGGAUCUAAUGACAUUCCCCAACGGCAUCCUAGCAACACCAAGGGCUUCCUGUGA